CGCAGACAAUGACCAGUUGAAGAUAGCUUCAUUAAUAUAUAAAUCAACCCCAAACAGAUCAUUCAGACCAUCUGUCUCCAACUCUCCUGUCAUCAGAAACGUACAAGCCCCUUUUCCUUUGAAAUCUGCUAUCUAAAGAUGGCCCCCAAGAUCUUCUUAACUGGUGCCACAGGCUAUAUUGGCGGCGAGGCACUCUACUCUAUUAGCCAAGCCCACCCGGAUGCCGACCUCACUUUGCUCGUGCGAAGCGAAGACAAGGCCAAGCUAGUCUCUGCGCAGUACCCAAGCGCCAAGUUCGUCUAUGGCGGCCUAGACGAUUCCGAGGCCCUCGAGAAAGCUGCUGCCGAGGCCGACAUCGUUGUUCACACGGCUGAUUCCUCUGAUCACGUCCCUGCCGCCAAAGCUAUCGCCAAAGGUCUUGCCGAAGGACACAGUGCGGAAAAGCCUGGUUACUGGAUCCAUGUUUGCGGAACGGGUAUUCUGCAAUGGUACGACUGGGACAAUAACAGAUAUGGGCAGUCACCGCUCCCAGAAGAGAAGUACCACGAUAUUGAUGAUAUCGAUCGCAUCACAAGUCUUCCACAUCACGUCUAUCAUCGAGAUGUUGACGAGAUCGUGCUAGCCGCAAACGAUACCAAGGUAAAGACGUUGAUCGUUGGUCCUCCCACGAUAUACGGUCCCGGCCGGGGACCUGUCAAUCAGCGCAGUAUCCAGGCCUACAAUAUGGCCAAGUUCACACUCGAGAAUGGUUUUGCACCCAUCAUGGCCGGCGAGGGCAGUCCGGAAUGGGACUAUGUUCACAUCCAGGAUCUCGGAAAUUUCUUUGCUCUCGCAGUGAGCGCCGCCCUCGACCCGGAGAAGGCGAAUAACCCGGAAAUUUUUGGUCCACACGGGUACUUUUUCCUUGAGAAUGGAACCUUCAGCUGGCGCUGGCUGGCCACGAGGAUUGCAGAAGAGGCUCACAAGCAAGGUUUCAUCCCUGAAGCGAAGACGCAGGAGGGUGACUACAAGAACUACGGAGCCAACUCCAAGAGUGUUGCGGCUCGUGCGAAGAAAUAUCUAGGUUGGGAAGCCCAUGGUACCAAGCUUGAGGACGAGAUCCCGAACAUUGUCGCCUCUGAGGCCAAGAGACUGGGAAAGUAAGACGAGAAGCUUUUGAGGUUACCUGUCGAUAAGUCUCAUUAUGUAAGGGGCUAAAAACAUCUUCGCUUGUUUUUCGUGAGUCGCUAGGUUCGAGACUUGAGUAGUUAAAAAAAAAAGUCCAAGGGGCCAGUGUCGAAAUUGAAACAGUUUGGACUAGGGUAGCUCCGAUGCAAAGGUCAUAUUAGUUACUAAAUACAAUACUCAGUAAAAUGUCAAGAUACCUAACCUAUUCACUUACAACUGGAGUUGGAAUGGCGAAUUCGCCGAGGGGUGUCGGAGCAAGGAGCAGGGGUACCUAGAUGAGCCAACUCUCUUCGGCUAGUUGAUAUUAAGAGUCAAUCUGAUUGGCCGGGUAGGCUUACAAGCUGAACCAAUAUGGCAAUUGCCAACUCUCCGAGGUGGCCCGGAGUUGUAGAUGUAUAUAAGUCAAGCCAUUCCAAACCGUACGCUUCAG